AUGCGCAGCAUUUUACAGGUACCCGGGCCGGUGAAGGCAUUUUUUGACCAGUUCCCGCUUCAGACAUAUCCAGCUGUUUCGAAAAAGGACGACGCUUCGGUGUAUGAAUACAACGCGCAGAGCUACGGUUUUCGGGAGCAGGAAGCUGCGCAGAGAUCCGCCAACGACGUAUUCAAGCUUGGCGUGUACAAUGUUGUCGAAGAUCCCGAAAGCGGCUGCGUUUUGGCAACAGAUCCCUGGUGCUUGUACGCGCAGCUCUCGCUCUGCAAGAAAAACGGACUGAAGCUGGCUCACAAAAAGGGAGCUCAGCAGCAGCAGCAGAGGCAGCAGCAGAGGCAGCAGCCCGCGCUGCUUGUGGUGUCGCGCCUGGCAGCAAGUGACAAGUCGCUGCCGAUACUAAUCGAAGGCUGCUCCAAGCGCAAUGUGAGGUCUACUGCAGGCAUUAACGAGAUCCUAAGCUCCCGGCUCCGGGAUGCCGAAGAGCUUAUGUACGUGUCGCUGCUGGACUCCGUGGUGUACGACUGCUGGACGACUCAGGCUUUGUGCGAGCUGAGCGUCGCCAAGUUCCUUGAGCUCUAUGACUGCGCCCCUAUAGACGUUGCCCUACUCCAGCGGGCUUUCUAUCAGACCCUUCGCGAAGAUCUGCUGGAACGCAACGACUUCUCAUUACGCCAUCUCGAGAUCUCCCGCCACGUCCGCUACAUGCACCUCUACCAGUCCAGAAACGCCCACCAGCUCACUGCUCCGCUGUUCGAGAGCUGCAAAGCCGCUCUGGACCGAUUCGCAGCGCUUCUGGGCUCCAGGACCUUCUUCUCCGGCGAAAUGGAGCCCGGCUACCUGGAUCUAAAACUUGCAAGCUACGUUCUUUGUUUCCUCAGCCUGGACGACCAAGAAUCCUCCCUCGCGCGCUACUUGCGCCAAGAAGUCCACGCCUUGGCAAUCCAUUCGCGUGCUGUUAUCGCCCACUUCAAAUAA